AUUUCGUUUUUUUAGUUGACGUUUGUUUUUUCAGAUUUCCUUCUUCGCUUCGCGAUUUUCCUUUAUUUUGAUAGCUCUGAAAUAUCGCAGUGGAUUAUGUGUAAAACGCAAGUUUUAUGAUAAGUAUACAUUUUAAGCAUCAUUUUAAUUAUUAAGGCGGUUUUAAAACAGUUCAAAGCUAAAUUAAUAUUAUCAAAAUGAAACCAAGUGGCGGCGGUGGCGAUGAUUUUGAAGAACCGGAACACAUGCGAAAGCUGUUCAUUGGUGGCUUAGAUUACAGAACUAAUGAUGCUUCAUUGAAAGAAUUCUAUGAGCAAUGGGGUGAGAUUGUUGAUGUGGUGGUGAUGAAAGACCCUCAGACCAAGCGCUCAAGAGGUUUUGGAUUCAUCACAUACUCGAGAGCCCACAUGGUUGAUGAUGCUCAGAAUAAUAGACCUCACAAGAUUGAUGGAAGAGUCGUAGAACCCAAGAGAGCUGUACCGAGAGAUGAAAUUAAAAGGCCAGAUGCUAGUGCCACUGUCAAGAAGCUAUUUGUGGGCGGCCUCAAGCAGAACAUUGAGGAGGAAGACCUGAGAGAGUACUUCAGUUCUUAUGGGAACAUUGAGUCAGUGAGUCUUGUCACUGAAAAGGACUCUGGCAAGAAGCGGGGCUUUGGCUUUGUUGAGUUUGAUGACUAUGACCCUGUUGAUAGAAUAUGCUUACAACAGAAUCAUAAGAUCAAUGGUCAGCGGUUGGAUGUGAAGAAGGCGCUGUCGAAAUCAGAUAUGGUUUCUGGCGGGGGCGGUGGCGGCGGUGGCGGGUCGGGUGGCGGCCGGCGUGGAGGGCGCGGGGGCGGCGGCGGCGGCGGCGCCUGGGGCUCGCAGCAGGACUGGGGGAACUCCGAUGGUGGUUAUAAUACAGGGUACGGGCAGGGCGGUUGGAACCAGAACCCGUGGGACUCUGGCCAGGGCGGAUGGGGCAACCAGGGCUACGGGGACCAGGGCUGGGGGCAGUCGGGCAACUUCGGCAGCGGCUACCAGCAGGGCUACGGCGGUGGGCCCAUGCGCAACAACUACAACACUACCAGGUCGCAGCCCUAUAACACUGAAGGUGGCGGCAGCGGCGGUGGCUACGGAAGCGGUGGUGGCUACAACAUGGGCAAUACGCCUGCCGCCGGCAACCAGCGCCGGUUCUGAAGUUCUGAGCUACCCCGUCCUCUUGUCUCAAGUUGCGCUUAGAUGAAGCUAGGCAGGCAGACAAUAGAUAGAGGAGGUAGGAGUCAGCUAGCUAGUGAGGGACAAGCGGACGUAGUGAAGCGACUUCAUUACAUAGUCAUAUUACGGUUUUUCCCCCCCUCCAUAUAAGGUUUGUUUACUAAGGUACGGUGUAGGCACUAGAUUCCUUUUUUUCUUAUUUAAGAUUUAGUCGUUUAGCACUCAAAUCACAGUUUUUACAUUUGAAAGUCACUAUGUGUACGCACAUAUUUUAUGUACCUAUCACUAGUCAGGCAUUGCACUAAAGAUAACAAAAUGGACGGACUGAGUUCUACUGUAAAAGCUGUGGCAUAUAAACUAUGCGAUCCUAGUUUCUAAGUAAGAAGACAUAUAGUUUGAUGUUUAAUUAGAUAAUCUUUAUUGUGACUUUAUUUGGAUAACACUUUUCGUGACAGACUAGAUAUAGUCAUUACAUUCCAAAAUGUAUAACGAUCUCCUAAAGUGCAAUCGAUGUUUUUUAAUAUUAAAUGAAAUAUAUCACAGAUAAAGCCGAUUUUUUCCUGAAAAUUUUACUGGCGCUAGUAUAGAAUUAUAUAAAAACAAUUUAUUAAAUUGAUGUAUAUUUAAAAUUGUAUAUCUCGAUGUCCAGGAUAGUUGAUAACUUUACUAUUAUAGGUAACUUGAUUAAAUACCUAAUGGAAUUUUAUUAUCCCUAAAUGUAAAAGAAUUGAGGAUUAAUUUUAUGAAUUUAAAAAAGAAAUGAUUUGACUUGUUAUGUUUUCUUCGUGUAUUUUAUUUCACAAUAUCAUAGUUUUAAGGAUUGUUAUUGUAGUCGUAAUUUGAUUCUAUUCUUGGUGUGCAAUGAAUUAAACUAAGUAUGUUUUCCAUGGUCUCUUCUAACGCGGAUGAGCCGCCCCGGUGGAAAAGCCCAUGGUAAGUGGACUUGCCCAAAUAAAAACACAAAAAUAUUAA